AUGAAGGAAGAAAACAUCACUAACAUCACUGAGUUUAUCCUUGUGGGCUUCCCAACUGCUGUCUGGCUGCAGAUUCUGCUCUUCAUCCUCUUCCUUGGAAACUAUCUAUUUGUACUGUUGGAGAAUCUGGUCAUCAUCCUCACUGUCUGGGUCAAUGGUUCCCUCCUCAAGCCCAUGUACUACUUCCUGAGUAGCAUGUCCUUCUUGGAGAUAUGGUACAUUUCUGUCACUGUCCCCAAGAUGCUUGCUGGGUUUCUCCUUCAUCCUAACACCAUCUCCUUCCUGGGCUGCAUGACUCAACUCUACUUCUUCAUUUCACUUGUCUGCACAGAAUGUGUGCUCCUGGCUGCCAUGGCAUAUGACCGUUAUGUGGCAAUUUGCCAUCCACUCCACUACCCAGUCAUCAUGACUACAGAGUUCUGUAUGCAGCUGACUGUAAGUUCCUGGGUAUGUGGCUUUUCUAUUGCUGUAGCCAAGGUUUAUUUCAUCUCACGUGUCAACUUCUGUAGUAAUAAUGUCUUAAACCACUUUUUUUGUGAUGUUUCUCCCAUCCUAAAACUGGCUUGCAAGAAUUUUUCUAUGGCUGAGACAGUGGACUUUAGCUUAGCCUUUGUGAUCCUUAUAUUCCCUUUCUCAGCUACUGUUCUCUCAUAUGGCUUCAUUAUCUCCACUGUCCUGCACAUCCCCUCAGCCUCUGGACGACAAAAAGCUUUCUCCACCUGUGUUUCUCACCUCACUGUGGUAGUCAUCUAUUAUAUGGCAGUAAUCUUCAUGCAUGUUCGGCCUCGAGCCAUUGCUUCCUUCAAUUCCAACAAAUUGAUCUCAGCCAUAUAUGCAGUCCUUACACCUAUGUUAAAUCCCAUCAUCUACUGCCUGAGGAACCAAGAUAUCAAGGAUGCCAUCAAGAAGACCUUGGUCAAUGGCUGUUGCCUGUUCUGGAGAGAUACUUCUUUCUGA